CAGAUCGAAAGUGUUCGAGGUGAGAGGAAUUUUGAGAAUGGAAAGUGGGGUUUAUCUCGAAGCCUCCCUCAUUAUUUCAGGCUGUGGCGAACCAAUCAAAGAUGCUGCGGUCGUGAUUCACGAUGACAAAAUCGAUCAGAAUGAUGGAGGAGCAGGACGAGGGUACGCCGCACUCGUUUCCUCCGCAGCGCGCGCUGGGGCAAGAAUAUCCAAAGAUCUGGAAAAGACACUUUUCGCUGGUCUCACCUCUGUUCGAGGAGUUGGCGGGUAUGUUGGAGAGAUUUCUCCAGCAAUCGAAGACGGGCCAAUCUCCAUAAACAUGACCGCUGGACAUGGAGACAUUCACAACCUGCCCCUGCGCCAAAUUCUCAAAGCCUGCACCAGUGGAAGGGUCUUCAGUGAGAUUGACAUUGUGCUGGACGCACAAUUCUCUCCCGAAGAACUGAAGGUUAUGCUUGAUGAGGCUGCGGGAGCUCGGAGAGCGGUCGCUACACAUUGCCACGCCAAAGAAGGAAUCAUGAAUGCUCUUAAUACGGGCGUAAAGACCAUUGAGCAUGGUAGUUACCUGGGUGAAGAAUGCGUCCCUUUGAUGAAGCAGAAAGACGUUUUCGUCGUGACUGCUUCGGCGGGAAAACUCAGCCAAGUUGCUGUCCACAGCAGGAAGGUAUACAAACUUGCUAUCCAGAGCGGCGUCAAGAUCGCUAUUGGCACGGAUCAAGCUACGAGUGUAGAUGGGACGUACAAUAGUCAUGAAAGAUAUGAUGCUGAUAUCACUGCAGUGUCUGGAAACCCGCUAGAGAACAUCGAUCUUCUGUCGGAGGCUGCUAAUAACACACAUGUAUGGAAAGGGGGAAGACUGUCCAAAUCCUCCUAGUUGUUUGAGACUGGAUAUUCGCAAUUGACAGUCCAUGGAAAAUGUGCUGUAUCGGCCAUUUGGCGUCGGGUUUGUUGCCAGAAUGGAAAUAGUCCACCGCUCCAAUUUAGUGAGUCGUCUUAGAUAUUUCAACAAAGCAGGCUGCUGAUCUGAUUCAUGCCUCAUUUUUGGUGUGAGGUGAGGUAAUUGAGCUGCGGCUGAAGCGCGAAGUAAUUUCUCC